CCUCCGGCCCAACCCGCCAAGUUCCAAGAGCUCCCAGACGAGCGUGCGCCGAGAACGAACACUGCCCUGGCAGCACACGGCGCACACGAGCCAGCUUGCGGCGCGCCCUGAAGAGGUUCCUGAGACAAGCGCGGCCCUGGGACUUUGAAAGGGAGGUUUAGAAACCCGGAGCGCACAAGUGAUCAAGCCAGCGCUCCUUCCGGCACCUGUUCGUCCCGCGCCACCGCUACCCGGCUCCCCACCCCUUCGAUCUUCGUCUCUCUGGCGCCCGAGUGCUCCCGGGAUGAAUUCAGUGCUAGGCAACCAGACCGAAGUGGCUGGCCUGUUCCUGGCCAACAGUAGCGAGGCACUGGAGCGCGCGGUGCGCUGCUGUACCCAGGCGUCGGUGGUGACCGAUGAUGGCUUCGCCGAGGGCGGCCCCGACGAGCGCAGCCUGUACAUCAUGCGCGUGGUGCAGAUCGCAGUCAUGUGCGUGCUCUCGCUCACUGUGGUCUUCGGCAUCUUCUUCCUCGGCUGCAACCUGCUCAUCAAGUCCGAAGGCAUGAUCAAUUUCCUGGUGAAGGACCGGAGGCCGUCUAAAGAGGUCGAGGCAGUGGUCGUGGGGCCCUACUGAGUGGCCUCGGGUAGCC